AAUAGGUUCGUUUAUGAAAACUAGAUAUAUCUUAUCUAUUUCUCAGUUGCCUGUAGUGUGUCAUCUUAAGCACUAUGAAAGGGAAAAUCAUCGGGAUCGACGUAGUUGUUUUUAGUGAAUGACAUAUCUGUGAUAUUUUCAAAAUUCUAAAGAAUAUUGUUUUUAGUUUUAAUCGCACGUUAACUUUAUAGUGUAUGUGAAAAAGUGCAACUAAACCCGCUAGAUUACGUCAAAUUUCCUAUGAUAGUUGGCUAAUGUAACAUGGCCGCCUAAAGACGACUACAUUACAUGUCUUUUGUUGUGUAAAAUUAUAUUUUUUCAAGAGCAAUGGAGUUACGAGUGGGUAAUAAAUAUAGGCUAGGCCGUAAAAUAGGUUCAGGUUCUUUUGGAGACAUUUAUUUAGGGACAAAUAUUUCAACUGGAGAGGAAGUAGCAAUCAAAUUAGAAUGUAUAAAAACGAGACAUCCUCAGUUACACAUAGAAUCAAAAUUUUACAAAAUGAUGCAGGGCGGAGUCGGCAUCCCGCAAAUAAAAUGGUGCGGCUCGGAAGGCGACUACAACGUGAUGGUGAUGGAGCUGCUGGGUCCGUCCCUGGAAGAUCUCUUCAACUUCUGCUCGCGCAGGUUCUCCCUGAAGACGGUCCUCCUGCUGGCCGACCAACUCAUCUCCAGGACGGACUUCAUCCACUCGCGGAACUUCAUUCACAGGGACAUCAAGCCGGACAACUUCCUCAUGGGUCUGGGCAAGAAGGGCAACCUAGUCUACAUAAUCGACUUCGGCCUGGCGAAGAAGUACAGGGACGGCCGGACGCACCAGCACAUACCGUACAAAGAGAAUAAAAAUUUGACGGGUACUGCCAGAUACGCAAGUAUAAAUACACAUUUAGGUAUAGAACAAUCCAGGAGAGACGAUCUGGAAUCCUUAGGUUAUGUUUUAAUGUACUUCAAUAGAGGGUCUUUACCUUGGCAGGGUUUAAAAGCAGCCACAAAAAGACAGAAGUACGAGCGUAUAUCAGAAAAGAAAAUGUCUACACCGAUAGAGGAGCUUUGUAAGGGGUACCCAGUAGAAUUUCCAACGUAUUUAAAUUAUUGCCGACAGCUAAGGUUCGAAGAGAGGCCAGACUAUAGUUACUUGCGACAAUUGUUCAGAACAUUAUUCCAUAGACAAGGUUUUACAUAUGAUUAUGUAUUCGACUGGAAUAUGCUCAAAUUUGGAGGUUCCAGAAGUAGUCACUGUGAAGAAAAUAGUGGGCGGUCGGGCGCCAGAUACGGAUCUCACGCUGCAACUCCUGCGGAUUCCACGCCUACAGUGCCACAGUCUAGAACGAGGAGACUCCACGAUAGCCGAAUGGACAUGGUACCGGGCAACACUCCGGCAGCAAAUGCAAUAGAUGACGUUAUUACAAGUAAUUCUCCUAGAAUGUAUGACAGCCACGAAAGAAGAGUGUCGAUGAGACUAAGGGCUGGCCAAGGAGCUCCAAACGCUUCAACAUCAGAUUUAAGCACCUCCAAACAAGCAAAGAAGCGCCUCCGGAGUGGCAAUGGCGCCCCCCAGCUCGACAGCGGGGCAGGUCGGCCUGCCUAGAAGGGGUAGCGCGUCCAAAGAUCCGCCUGCCCGGCUGAAAAAAUGAGGAAACGUCUUAGCUUAACAACACAACCUUGUAACUAGUGAGGUUUUGUAAUGUUUUAGGUUUUUUUUGUAACGCGGAUUGCUAAGUUAAAGAAUAGUUAUGUAAUAUAAUGGCAGUCGGUUCCUCGAUUGGAAGGCGAUUUAGCUUAAAUGCUAGAGAACAAAUUGACAAGGCGUUAUUUCUGUUAAGUGUGUUAUUUUUUUGUACAAAACUGUUUGGGCAAAGAAACUGACGUUGUGUCAAAUAAAAGAGCAAGUGACAAAAUUUUGACAUUAUAGUGUAGUUAUAUAUAGUGACACAAAUGGUGCCGUUUUAGGAACACGAUUUUGACAACGGUUACAAAAGUUCCAUUGGUACAUUCAUAAAAUUUAACAAUUCAUAUGUAAAUGAAAGUAUCACUAGUAGUGAUAAAUGUGUGGCUUAAAAGACAAAAAAAAAUUGAAAUAUUAGUAUGUGUCUUCGCUGUGGAAAAUGAAUUCGACAGCCAGUUAUUGUUUUUAUUCUAGUGAUCCUACCAGUGCUCGAUAUUUUGAGAGUAUCUAUCUAAAAUUUCCCACAAUAAUGUUUGUAUAAAAAUGUAACAUAUUAACAGGGACUUGUCGGAAUAUGACACCAAAUUAAUUUAUCGUUAUUAACAAGAAACAUUCCUUUUCGAUUGGCUAAAUUAUGUCGUACAUAAUUUAAUAGAAUUCUUUACCUUGGCAAUCGUUUCUCUUCUGCUGUCAGUUACAAACGUUAGAAGGAAGAGACACAGUUCAAUAUAGUUUGUAAAUGUGAUUUUGUUAAGUUUCCGAGCAUUUUUUAAGCUGUUUUUGUAAAUGAAGUUUUGUUUAGUUACUUGCAAUGGCGAUGAGCUUGUUACGAAGAUCCUAGUUUGUAACAGGUCGUGUAGGUCCGCGAUUUAGGAAUUGUUUGCGUUUAAUUUAUAUGAACGGAAUUUAGUUGGUUUAUUUAAGGUUAGGUUCUGAUUGUUAUUUCAAUUGUUUAAUUAUGAUUCGACUAGACUUGUAAGUGUAACAAAUUGAAUAAUAUAGAGUAUAAAUAGAAAGUGAUUAAAACCUUGAAUAGUUCUUGUUUUAAUGGGGGUGAAGAAGUGCAAUUGGUAUGUUUCGUCAUUGCAAAAAGUGUGUUUUAUAUUUAUAGAGGUGAUUUUGAGACACACAACGAGAUGUAUAAAGGAACAAACAUUUCAAUGUGAAUUACUAAGUGGGCUAAAAAAUAUAAAAUGAAAAAAACAAGACUAUUAUAUAAUUCAGUGGACGAACUAAUGUACAUAUCUAGACUGACUUUGUGUAUUUUGUUGUAUAGAAGUAAUUUUUCAUUUGAUUUGUGGAAAUCUUUUAUAAUAUGAACAUGAUGGUAGUUUGUACCAUUUUUCUUUUUAUAUUAAACUCGCAAUGUAAGAAAAACUGUACAGCAUAAUUAAUUUACAUCGAUAAAUCGCAACAAUGUUUGUUAAAAAUGUUUCGGAUUGAUUGAGGCAUAAAGAAAAACCAAGUUCAAUAAAACUGCGAUCUGUCCACGUUAAACAUAGAUUCAGUGUAAAUGGUGAAUCUAGUAUGAACUAGUUGGACAUCACUAGUAUAAAAGUGUAAAUAAAUGUUGUUGCUUCCUUUGUAUAAUUUAUUUAUGCAAUAUUAGUUUUCCAUGCUACAUUUAACAAAAUAUUAAAAUUUUAAACUGAUUAUCGGGAAAGUGAUACGUCAGUAUAAUUUGUGGAUUUAAUAAAUACAUGGAAGAAUGGCACAGCUUCUGAUUUCCAUAAUUUUCCCUUUCUUUCAUGAUUCUCAAUGGAUAGAGUCUAUCACACCAAGAACUGUUAAACUCCACAACAACUUUCGAUUGCCAAAACUGUUGCACAAUUAACAAUUAUUGUGUACAUACUUCAGUUUCUCCUUCCUGACCCUGCAUCUGCUUUGUUUUCCACAUUAUAGUAAUACAAAAAGGUAUACAACUUUGCUUCCACCGUUUCUUUCUGAAAUUCGAGGCUUUAUUGUAAAAAACAUUUACUAUUCAAAAUAUUGUCCAUCGCUGCUUUCUCCCAUCUUUCGGAUAGCGUACAAAUCCCACGUAGAAGAAACUGCUCAUCUUUUGAGGCGAUCCACGUAUCGAUCCAAUUUUUUAUUUCUUCAUAACAACGUAAGCCAGGCCGUGUGCCAUUAUCCGAAACAAGUGAUAGAGGGAGCAAUGUCUGUAGAAUACAGCUAGUGGGGUAGGACUUCCCAUUUCAUAGCUUCUAAGUAUGUUUUGACCGACUUUGCGACAGGGGGUCGAGCAUUGCCAUGCCACAAAAUCACUUUAUCGUGCUUCUCCUUGUAUUGUGGCUGUUUGUCUUUCAAUGUUCCGCUUAAACGCAUUAAUUGCUUUCAGUACAGAUUGCCUGUGAGUGUUUCUUUCGUUUUAGCAGCUCAUAAUACACUACGCCGAGCUGGAUCCACCAAAUACAGAACGUCACCUUGGAGCUCUAAAUAUUCAGUUUGGCCUUUGACAUGGAAGCAUGGCCGGGAAGUCCCCAUGAUUUUCUACGUUUGGGAUUAUCGUAACGAACACAUUUUUCCUCCCCAGUCACAAUGCGAUACAGAAAUCCAUUCCCUCUUUGCCUUUCAGGCUGUUCACAAGCAAACAAAUGCCGUUCAACAUCUGUCGGCUUCAACUUGUACGACACCCAAUUUCCUUGUUUCUGAAUCAUUCCCAUGGCUUUGAGUCACUCCUAACGAUCCUACUAAUUCUUCUUGUGUUUGAGACAAGUCUUCAUGGAGUAAUGCCUCCAAUUCUGCAUCUUUGAAAACAUUCUCUCUUCCAUCGCCAUGCUGAUCUUCGAUGUCAAUAUCACCGUUCUUGAAACAUUGAAAACGCCCACGGCACGUUCUUUCAUAAUAGCAGCGGUUUAGCCAUAAGUACUUGAGAGCAUUCUAUGAGGCUCAGCAGCAGAUUUGGCUCGUACAGUAACAUUUUCAAUCGAGAAUAACUACGAUUGCAGACACAAUUCGACAAAUGUUUCCGUGAGGUUGUAUUGAGAAAAGCCUAAGCUUAUUAUAUGAUGUCUAUUUAUAUAUUUCCACCACCACUAACCGCUACAACCAUCUAUUGAAAAAUGGCGGAAGCAAAGUUGUACACCUUUUAGUAUAUCCCAGUGUGUUUCAGUUUUAGGAGAAUUCGAAAAUUAUAUUUAUUAGGUGUUUUACUAUUGUGUUCCUUCCCAAAGUUCUGUUCAAGUUGUUUCUGUUAUUGGCUCAAUCCAUGCAUUAAAAAAGUAUGUACAGGAUGGGUCAAAUUAGAUGCUAUUUCCCGAACAGAUAGAAAAAAUUUUAGAUGUCAAAGGCCCGAUUUUUGAGAAAACUACAUCUUGAUUCGUUUCGGUAAUAUAAGAUGUUUUUCAAUGUUCAUCUUUUUCUAUGAUGCCCUAUCUUCUUGUUUGUGAAAAUGUUAGAUUUUUGUGAAGAGGUUUUUUACACAGCUUUUUAAGCAAAAUACAGCAGGGUAUGCAAUAUUUUUCUGUAAAAUAUCAUUUUUAAUGGAACGCCAUAUUAUGAACUUUUUGAUGUUUGAAACCUGCUUAAAAUGAUGUAUUUAAAUGUAUAAUAUAAUAUUUAUAUGAAAAAUUUUUUUCAAGGAGUAAACGUCAAAAUUAUUAGGUUUUUUUUUUGGUUAUUCAACUGUUUCUUGAUACAAUUAAUCGAUGAAAAAUCGUUUAACAAAAAGUGAAUGGUAUCAAGAAACAAUUAAUUACAAACAGUUCUGGUGUUUAUACCUUGAAAAAAAAAUAUUUUGAGAAAAAUCAUAUAUGAAACAUCAUUUAAAGAAAUUUUACAUAGAUUUCUAAUGUUGAAAAUAUAUGGUUGUACCGUUUAAUAAAGUGUAAAUAUAUUACGUAAGAAACCUUUUUACAAAAAUCUAAUAUUUUUAUAAGCAAUAAAGUUAUAAAGCAUCACAGGAAACGAUCAAAAUAGAAAAUCACUGCAUCUCAUAAACGAAUUAAUAUAUCGAGAAGCAGCUUUUCCUAUUCAAUUUUUCCCAAAAAUAAAAGUCGUCUCAUCAAAAUACUUUUUUCCAAUUUUUUUGGGAAAUAACAGAAAUCUCAAAAACGUUUCAAUUUAAACUAACGCUUCAUGGAUCUUAUACCUGUAGGUUCUGAAUGAUCCCUUGACAACAGAUGGAAACCCAUUUAUCCAUUAAUUCCAUUUUUCAGGUUUCAUGUUGUUAUUUAAUCAUUUGUGUCCUAAUUUGUUUCUUUUUGGCAGUGUUUUUGGCAUUUGUGUGUGUUUUUCCCUUUUGAUUAUUACUAAAUCAAUCAGCGUAAUCCUAGCUAAUACCAUCACUGCUUUGAAAGAAACAAUCCAGUACGCUCUGGAUAUCCUAAAGACCAUUUUUCUUUGAACCCAUUGUAGGACGUCUCUAUAUGUAGCGACAUGCAUUGUUUCUGCCCAUACUGAAGUGCCGUAUAGUCACACUACGUAUGUUACUGAACACAGUAUCCUUCUCUUUGUCUUGCUGGGUCCCCUUAGACUGUAGACUGAUUACUAUAUAACUGUCUCCAUUGCUGUUUUUUUAUAUCCAGUGCUUCAGGUAUCUAAAAUAAUUCCUAGAUACUUAGCUUCCCAAAAAAAAUGGUCUGUUUUAUCGUCAUCUUAAGUUCUACAUUUCUUUCAUUAGGAUAGCUUCUGUUUUUCAAUUUCCCCAUUGUAUAUGUUAGUUUCUUUAACAACAUAUUCUGAUUAACACUUGAGGCUAAACAGUAAUACUGUGUGAGUAACCUAACCUAUUUAAUCUUUAAGUAUCUAACAUAAGUUUUGGUAAAGAUGGCACAGAUUUUCAGGAACUACGAUCUGAGAUAUAUCUUCAAAAUUAGUUACUAACAAUUGUUUUUAAAUUUAAGAAAAUAGUACUAUCUGAUUUCCGUCAACUCUUUUUGAUGCAUAACGCAUGUAAUUGAGACCUAGACACAAAAUUUAACUUAUUAAAAUCUUACGAUUUCGUACACAAUCUGCAUACUCUAACAACAGCCAUCUGAUACUAUUUUCUAAAAAGUCGUACAUUUAAAAUGUAUAUAUGAGGGAAAGUUAGGUAUAGUUUAAUUGUCUGAAAGAACAAUUUCAGAUUGGCGUUCAAGAUUAAUUCUCAUUUGUUUCUAACAUGCAGUCCUUAAUUUUUUAAUUUUCUAGAAAACGACAUGAAGAUCUGAAGCUGUGCCGUUUAUCUUAUAAUUGCUAUAGAAUUUCAGACGUAAUUUAUCGUCCCUUGCCUGACGAAUCCAUAAAUAAAUAAUAAUAAAAAUUUGUUCACGUUGCAUCAUUUAUUUAUUCGGAGAUAGUUCUUUUAAAUUAAUUAUGCUGGUAAAGUACAUAAAAUCAUUAAAGCUUGAAUGUGUUUUCCGAUUUGGUUGAUAAUUAUUUCAUAAAUAAUUAUUUAUACGCAAUUUUUUUUUGUUGCCGAGUGGCCGUUUUGAGACUAUAUUUUUAUUAGACUGUGUAUUAUCUUAACUGUUUAACAAAUGAAUUGAAAAGUUAAUACUUUUUAUUGUGUAGUUAUUUAUAUAGUACACAAUUGUAUAAAUAUUUUUUGUUCCUUUCCUUUGUUUAAUGCAGGGUUAUUUCCGGAUAUAUAUAUUUUUUUAAUAGCUUCGGCAUCCUGUAAUUUAGCCCAACGUGUGGGGAAAAUAGCUUAAAAAGUGAGUUUUUGUUCAUUUACUUUUUUUAUCAUUUUGGUUACAUUACAGGAUAUCUUUUUAUUAAUUGAAAACUGAUAUUUCUUUUUAAAUUUGAAGCAAGGUUUUGGAAAUAGUUAAAAUUUCCCAUAAUUCGUACAUCUUUUUUCUUCAGAUUUGUGGGGGGAAAAGUCCGAAAAGUACGAAAAUAUUAAAACAUUGUUUUAAUCUCAAUUCGGUAUUAAUUUUUCGAUAUAAUAUUCGUUGAGUAUUAUAAUUUGUCAUAAUAAAAAUAUUUUGCAAACUUUGUGCAUUUUAUGAAAAUAUAUAUUUUGUACAUAAUUAUAUAUAAA